AUGGUGGUUUCUUGUUCUGUGUCUGGUUGUGUCAAUAGAAGACAGAAAGGAAGCAAUGUUCAUUUUUUUUCAUUUCCAUUAAAAAAUCCAGAAAGGAAUCAACUGUGGAUUACUGCUAUACGUCGGAAAGGGUUUGUUCCUACCAAAAAUAGUUGCAUUUGUAGUGAACACUUUGUACAGUCUGACUAUGACUUAAAACCAGGAGGUAGUUAUAAAUUAUACUUAAAGGAGACGGCUAUUCCAUCAAUGAUUCCUGAUCCAAAAAUUAAGAGCAAAGUCAUUCGAAUGAGUAUUGAAGAAGUUUUGACGUCUGCUGAAGACGCAGAUUUAUCUGUGGCUGAAGACCAUGAUCAAAAAUUAGAUAGAGAAAAUACAUCAGAGCUUAUUGAUAAUACUCAAAUUUUACCAGAUUCCCAAGAUCGGGAAACAGUGUUAGACAAAGUCUUAGGUGAAACUCUAUACACACCUAAUCAGUGGAUACCAUUUACAAAAACUUGUGUCAUUAUAGGUACUCAUAAUACCAAUACCAUUUUGUCUAUGAUUUAAACCAUGGCGCGAGUUACUAGUUUACAACCAUAGAUAUAUAAAACAACUAGAUAGCCGACUCUGUGAUAAAGUCUCAUAAGACCUAUGAAGCCUGGCAGCCAUAUGCGAACAGGGCAAAAUACGAUUGAUUGAUCCAUGAAAUAUUUAAUUACUCCAUGAUUUUUUAAAAACUGCGAAAAUUUGAUUUCUGAAUCAGUCAGAUUAAGAGGACGUUGCACGGAUAUUUGUUUUUUCCGACUUACAAGUGCGUACAUCGCACAUUUUACGCUCAGCCGAUUACUGAUUAAGUAGUUUUUGAGUUUAUCCAUUAUACACAAACAAAUCUUUUCUCGUUAUAAUAAUAAAAUAAAGAAUAAUUUCAAAUCACGGAAUACCAUAAGGUACUGUAUUGGGUCCUCUUUUUCAUUGUGUUAAUUAAUGACUUAUUGAGUAUUAAUUGUAAUGAAUCAAUUUUCAGUUUUACUGAUGACACGUCAAUUAUUAUGGA